AUGGCAGAGCCUCCUAUUACUUCCGAAGAAAAACCCCUCGAAAAUCCUUUACAAAGCAUUCUUAAUAGCGAAGUCGACCUAGAAGAUCUCUCAUCAACUCUCCUCGAAAAAGCUCAAAAAAAAUUUGCCAAAGAAAAGACAUUAAGCUCACUUGCCUACUUAAAACAAACUGAAGAAUUGCUCGAAAUGAUGGCUACCAAAGGUAAACCAGCAAAAGUCGAAUAUGUAAUUGUUACACUAAAUAAUAUUAGUGCUUGCUAUCAAAGAUUAGGUGAUAUGGAAAAAUGCGCAUCUUAUCUUGAGGCAUGUGCUUUUAAUUGCUCAAAAGUUAAUAUAUAUUUUUUUAAAUUAAAUAAAUUUUUUUUAAUUAAAUAAUUUUUUUUUUUAAAAAUAAUAAUUAUAGAAUUAUUAUAGUAAUUUAGUAUACAAAAAAGCUUAGAAGAUGUUGCUGAUGAUAUAAAAAAGACAAAACUUCACGCAAAGCUUUUAAUCCAACUUUGCGUCACACUUUCAAAUAUGAAGAAGCAUAAAGAAGCUUUAGAAAAAGCAAAACUUGCAAAUAACCUGACAAAGCAUGCCUUGCAGGCGACUUUUGAUGGCUUUAAAGCAAUGGUAUCAAAAUUUAAAAAUAAAAAAUACAUCCAAAGCUUAGACUUGCAGCUAAUAACAGUAUUCCAAGCAAUUGCUGCCAGCGCGCAAGAAAUUUUGAAAGCAAUUUCAAUUUAUUUAAAUUCUGGAGAAAUUCCUAAGCCUGAAUCUUUAGAGAUGAGGUCAGUUCUAGGGGUUAUUACCUUUAGUAACUGAGUAGGUGAAUUUGGGAUCUCAGAUAUCAUGGUGAUUCAGCCUUUAUCACUCGAAGAAAUCCUUGAAAAACCUUUACUCCAGGCUGAAUUUACUAAAGACUAUCUUCUCUAUAAAAUUGCCCUUCACUCAGUUAGUCUCUUUUGUGUCGCGACCGAAAUGAAGCAUUUAAAGAGUUCUCAGCAAUUAAGUGCUGACCAACGCAGACAAGCGUAAUUUUUAUAUAGAGAAGUGACCCAUCAGACUGCAAUUUCUCUUUUAAAAGCAUUUUUUCCUAAUGAUUGUCCAUUAUUACAACAUGUAAUACAGUCUUUUCAGCGAAGAUUGCUCAGUGAGCUUCAAGAAAUUCCUGAAGAAGAAGAUAAGCAAAACCCAAAAAAAUCCAGAAGAGCUCAGAGCGGGGAUUUUAGGAAGCUUCCAACCCUUGCUCCCCCUUCAUGGGUGCAAAAAUUUAUAUAGAAAUUUUUUUCGAAAUUAAAAAAUCCAGAUUCACAAGAGAUUUCAUUAUAAUUUAUAUAUCAUAAAAAUGCUUAUAAUAAAACUUUUUUGUAGGUUUUAUCCAUAAAAUAUGUCUUUUUCCAAUAGUUUUGUUGCUCACAAAGGGGGAAAUAGAGAAAAAAGGGUAAAAGUCGAUUUAAUAAGGAAUAGUCCGUAUAAUAACAAAUUUGAAAGGCUGCUGCCAAAUAGACCGAGAAGCUCUUUAGGAAAUAGAAAACAUAGAGAAAACCAAAAUCCUGCAAGCUAUACAGUAAAAAAGAAAAAUAUUAGGAAUAGCAGCUUGGAUUUUAAUAAACGAAGCAAAACGCCUCAUGAAAUGAAUUUCCUAAGAAGCUGGGAAGACUCAAUUAUUGAGUCUGCACAUGGUGAUCAGAUGCUAAGUUAG